AUGUUGGUUGUGGAUCAGAAAGAUCUUGAUGGGUACUUAUUUAGGACUAUCAAAGAACCAGGAGACAAGACUAGUGCUGAGGGAAAGAAGUGGAAAACCGUCAACUCUCUGCUUAUUGGGUGGUUGUUGAACUCGGUGGUGCCCUCCAUUGUGCGUUCCGUGGAGGGGCUAUCCACAACUGCUGAAAUAUGGAAGCCCUUUUCCACCCAGUACUCUGGUAAAGGCAAUGCCAUGCUCAUUGCUCGGAUUGAUGGGAAUAUUCGCCAUCUCCGCCAGGGGGACAUGACAGUGAUGGCAUAUGUGGCAGAGCUGCAAGCCUUAUGGGCUGAUCGGGAUAACUGUGACCCUCUCGAACUCUAUGAUGCAGCCUCCAUUGAGUCAGGGCACAAGUGGAUAGCACGCAGGUGUGUGCUUAUGUUUUUGGAAGGGCUAAAUAAGUGCUUUGAUGGUAGAAAUGCAUCUCUGCUACACCACACCUCCUUGCCCACUCUUGACGAGGCCAUUGCAGCAAUGGCUCAAGAGGAGGUGUGGCUCUCUGUGGAACCAGCAGAUGAGAAAGUUGUGUCAGCUCCUUCGUUUGUCGUGACCGAGCGCAGAUAG